UUGCACUGACACAGUGUAACCACAGAAUAGAAGGUUCCACUCCACCACCCGAUCGCAACUUGCAUUUCCUUUAGUAGAAAAGUAAUGUGUAGGCGAUGACAUUCGAGAGUCACACCAUUCUUACUGUCUUUUAACUGCAGGUAAUCAUCAAACAUGGACAGCCUUCAUGUCAUUCUUGUCCUUCUUUUAGGAGGUCAUUGGACUUCUGGAUCAGUGGUGGAUUUGACAGUGACAUCAGGACAGAACGUCACUCUGAAUUGUGACUGUGAAGCAUUUUCUGAGGAAUAUAUUGUGUGGUACAGAAAUUGUACCCAUGAAAAUCAACCUCCUCUUGUUCUGAAACUAAAAGAAGAUGCAUGGAAAAAAAUCAGUGACCGAGCAAUUUCAGUGAAUUCUCUAUUACGCUUCCACUUUAAAAAGAAUCAGUCCUCUGGAUCCUAUGAUCUGCUGAUCAUGAAUAUUUCUGAUUCUGACGAGGGCCUCUAUUACUGUGGAACUGAAAAGGAACAGUGGGUAGAUGGCACAAGCGUUCAGGUCAGAUAUGACCACAGAUAUGCCAGUAUCGCAACAAGAAUCUUAAUCAAUUCACCUCACACAAGUCCUUGCCCUGAUUCCAGUCCUUGCCCUGACUCCACUCUUCACUCUGACUCCAAUACUCGACCUGACUCCACUCCUCGUGCUGUCUACGACAGAACCUGUGGUUCCAGUCUCGUGCCCUGGCUGAUGAUGUUUACACCAGGAUUUUCUAUUCUCAUUUCAUUUUUUUCCUUUAUUUUUAUUUAUCAGUUGUGUCGGAAAACAGAAAAAGAACUUCAAUUUUUUCAGAACAGACCAGAUCACAAUAAUCAAAGGAGACAGAAUGAGGAUGAAGAUUUGUGUUUAACACAAGUCUGGUUCCAGGCUCACAAUGGACAAAAAAAUCUUUAGACGGAUUCAAGAUGGAGAAAACGCUGUCUUCCACUGAAAAUUAUAUACGUAGUUUGUUUUAUUUAUUUGUAACUGAACAGAGUUAGUCAUUAUUGAAUUUUAAUUUUUAGUUUUAAUUGUUCUUUAUGUUUUCCUUAAAUUGUAGUUUUGGUGACUGUUGCAUGUAAAUAACUUUAGAAGUAAAACUAACAAAGUAUCCAGAAAAAGAGUGAUGAAUUCUGAUGAUUUUGUCAGAUUUGUGUAAAUUACAGCGCUUAUUAUAGGAAACUAAAUUUUUUAAAUAAAAAAUAUCUUUUCGUACCCAUGGUCUGUUGAAUGUCUUUAAAGAGUAUACUUCCUUUGCCUUUUUUUAAAUUGUUGAUUUAGACUAAUCCUUGAAAUUAUAUACUCUCUAAAAUUAUUAUCACUAUUUUUUUAGAUUUCAAUCAGUUUUUGGUUAUCUUUUGUGUCUGCGGACACACCACCACAAGCCUCAAUAUGCAAACAUAUUUUCACUGUUGUACUUUUUAAAGAUAUUUAUGCACAAGCAUAACAUCUCAUACCAAACCAAUGCUGUCUUCUAAUAUUUUCCUUGGCCUUUAUUUGGAAAUAAAUUGCUAUGCAAACUAUAAUUACAAAACAUAUCAUAUCAAAUCAAAGCAACACAAAGCAGCUCACAGGAUUUGGAAUAUGACGAUGUCAUAU